AUGUGGGACCGAGUACAGGAGCCCUGGGUCAAUGAAGAUACCAUUAAAGGGCUAAACAGCAGCAACUAUAACCUGGUUUACGCACUUAACAAAGCAGAUAUCACAGUGGUAAAGGUGGAACAGAAGGAAAAGCCCUUCUUCUUGGUCUCGACCUACUUGGCCCAUGACGAAGGCAUACCACCGGUCCCGCUCACCAGACUAGUAGAGGAGAACAGGAAGGAAGAUGUCCUAAUAGGGUGUGAUGCAAACGCAAGGCACACCGUAUGGGGUAGCUCCAGCAUAAACACCAGAGAUUUYGCAGCUGCUAUUUCGGCUUUUCCUGUAGAAGAGGGCCGUGAGAAUGGCGAGAAUGGCUGGUAUGUACCACAAGUGGAUGGGUCAUUCGUCUGGAUGACCAUUGAAGAGGGCGAGAAUGCAAUUGCGGAGCGUGAGAAACAGGACACAUUAGAAGGCCGUCUCAAUUUAGUGCCCGUCAACUAUUAUCUGUAUACGCAAAAGAAUCCAACCACUCCACAGAAAAUUACAGUCACCGCUGAAACUAUUUUGAACUCGAACUUCAAUGCCAGCAAUCCCACCAAAUUUUUAAUUCAUGGUUGGCUUCAGAGUUACAAAGCCGAUAUGAACAAGAAUAUUCGCGAUGCUUGGUUGAGUAAUGGUGACUACAACAUCAUUGUGGUGGAUUGGGCACGCGCUCGUUUAAUUGACUAUAUAUCCAGUGUWGUGGCUGUACCCAAAGUGGGMAAAAAGAUCGCCGACAUGAUUGAGUGUUUGGUAGAGAACCACGGUCUCUCCCUGAGUGAUACCGAGGUAAUUGGUCACAGUUUGGGUGCUCAAGCUGCCGGAUUUACGGGCAAAAAUAUUGCUUCUGGUAAAUUGCAUGCCAUUGUUGGGUUGGACCCCGCGCUGCCACUCUACAGCUACAAUAAGCCCAACAAGCGUCUCAACAGCGAUGAUGCUACAUAUGUUGAAUCCAUCCAGACUGAUGGUGGACAACUGGGUUUCCUGAAACCAAUUGGUAAAGGUGCCUUCUACCCGAAUGGUGGCAAAAAGCAACCCGGKUGUGGUCUGGAUUUGACUGGUGCCUGCAGCCAUGCUCGCUCUUGCAUCUAUUACGCCGAAGCUGUGAAAGCCGAUAAUUUCCCAAGCAUGCGUUGUGGUGACUAUCAAGAGGCCGUAAGUAAGAGUUGUGGUGUGUCAUACAGUAGUGUGAAAAUGGGUGCUGUUACGAACGCUUAUAUGGUGGCUGGAGAUUUCUAUGUACCCGUACGCAGCGCUGCUCCCUAUGGCUACGGAUCUGAUUAAGGAAAUUAUUUCUAUUAUAUCUGUAUAUACUGCAAGGAUAAACAUGAGUUCGAUAAAAAUAAUAA